CAGGAUGCUCUUGGAAGCUGUGCCUUUUUUUUUUUCCCAGGGGGCUGGACUUCGGUGCUUUAUAAGGGCCAGCUGGCGAGAGAAACCUCCAGCCUCUUGCAAAGGAACCUCACUUGGGCGCCUGACUGCCUGAGUCGCUAGUGCUUUCGCUGUAAGAAAGCAAGAUGCACUUUAGAAACUUCAACUACAGUUUUAGCUCCCUGAUUGCCUGUGUGGCAAACAGUGAUAUCUACAGCGAAAGCGAAACCAGGGAGCCACCCAGGCGCCCCAGCUCAGGUUCUUUCCUCCAGAAACUAUCCGCCUGUAUUCCUUUCUCUCCGCAGACUUUACACAUAGGAAGUUCCCACCUGGCGCCCCCAAAUCCAGACAAGCAGUUUCUGAUCUCUCCUCCUGCCUCGCCGCCAGUUGGUUGGAAGCAAGUAGAAGAUGCUACUCCUGUCAUAAAUUAUGAUCUGUUAUACGCUAUCUCCAAGCUAGGGCCAGGGGAAAAGUAUGAGUUGCACGCGGCGACUGACACCACCCCCAGCGUGGUGGUCCACGUAUGCGAGAGCGAUCAGGAGAACGAGGAGGAGGACGAGAUGGAAAGAAUGAAGAGACCCAAACCAAAAAUUAUCCAGACCAGAAGGCCGGAAUAUACGCCCCUCCACUUAAGCUGAAGGGGAGCCCGGAUGCAGAAGUGUUCCGAAUCACACUCACGGGGAGGAAUCUUUUUCUGUGGCAGUGGCCGCUCACAGCCGGGGAGGUGGCAGCCGUGAUCGCUGUGGCAGAAAUUCCAGUUCACGUUGCUCAGAGGAGGGUCCAGGCUUCGUCCUCUGGGUCUAACGCUGUGCAUCCGUCAAUGUUCACGGCUUCCGGGGAAUGUCCUGGGCCAAUCACUGAAGUUUAAGGUGAUCGCACGAGGACAUUUGGGCACGUCUCGAGAAAACCGAUAACCGAUAGUGUUUUGUACUUGUUCUUUUCUGGUAGGUUCUGUUUUCUGUCACGGGCAGCUUGAUCCCUGGGUGUGGGGAGAGCCUUGUGUUUCCAGCCAGCCCACGGGGCAGACUCUCUCUACUGGUAGGAAGAGGCCCCUCGAAGCCACAAAGUGUCUGGUGCAGGAAGGCUGUGGAAACAACCAUGCAAUGUGGGAUUUGUAGCCUUUCAUUUUUCUCCCCACCACGUUCUAAUGUUUGUGCAUGUAUAUUACUGAUUUUCAGAACUAACCUCUGUUUGUGUAUAGAGUUACGCCAUUGUUGUUUCACAUCUUUUGGGAAGAUAGGAAAGCAUUUGGAAAACCGAUCGCCUUUCCACAUUCAUGACUCUGCGACAGCACGCCCAUGUGGGAUUCCACCCAGGAUAACGUUCACUCAGCAUCCCAUCCGAUGCAACACGGCCCCUGUGCUUUGGCAAAAGAAAUCGAUCUGAAAUUCCCAUGUAGAGUUUCGCUUCGUAAAGUUCAGAGAAUAGCAGUUUCACUGCCAACAUUUUGUGGGUGAGAAAUUUUAGGUUAGGUGUUUUGGGUCAGACAUUGGUUCUAUUUAUUUCUUUUACAUGGUGGUUUGCACACAUGAAUCGUAGCCAAAAUACUUUUCUGGGGAACUCCUGGUUGAGAUGGUUGACAUUUUUUUUUUACCCCACUAAGACAUCAAGACAAACUUGUAAAUAAAGCCGAUGGCAUAUAUCCAUUCCCAUCGUGUACUCGGGUGAAAAGUACGGCCGUGGAAGAGUCGUGUCAGAGUAUCACCCCACCUGUGACUUGUAGAAGACGCUGUUAAAUGUUGGACAGGACUUGAACUCAAAGCAUGUGAAGUGGAUAGUAGACGUGUGGUGGAAUGCUAGGGACACAGUGCCUUUCCCCAUUAAUUCCUGAUGGAAUUGUUACACUCGGUGAGCGUCUGUGAUUUUUUUUUCUAGUUGUAACGUGUGUGUCUGGUAAAUAGGUAUUCUAUUCUGGCCUUACAAUACCAUAACAAGUUGUCAUUUUGAGAUACCUAACGCCCAGUAACCGUGCAUGCUUUGGGAAUUUGGAAGAUGGUUUUCUUUAAGAAGCAAAAUGCAUUAGAUCGUUCAUAUCAAGAAAUCGACCAGAUGUUCUCAAAGCCCUGUUUACAGUACUUGGUGAGGUGGGGGGGGCAGGUGAGGGAGAGACCAUUGCAUAGCUGUUCAAGUGUUCCUGGCUAAGUGCUUUUAAACUGGAGAGGCUAACCUCAACGUAUUUUUUUUAACUGCAGUCUAUAAUAAAUCAACACAAUAUGCUCUUUACGGCAAGGUUGAUCUUUGUGCCCUUUUGUUUCUGAUGCUCGGUCUGUGAACCCUUUUAAUCCUGCGGUCUCCAAAGGACUCUUCCCUUCACCAGUUGCCGUUUAGAGACUCCCGGUUCUCGGAGGGCUAACACACUAACCAUACACCGUCUAGUAAAGGGGAAAAUGGAUACAACUGAAA